AUGCACGAGUUUUAUAAGGGCUCCGAUCCCCUGUGGGACUGGUGGGUGACGACGCCAUACAUCUCACUCGAUGCCGCGCUGGGCGGCAUGAUCGACGCUAUACGGCUGGCUCUGAUGGGAGUGCAGCCCGAUGACGACGACACUAUAGUUGGGGAGCCGAUUGGGCGGGAUGGGCUGCUGACGGAUCUAGAGGCCGAGAUGAUCCCGUAUUCACCUGAGGAACUCCUUCGUAUCGCAGACAAAGAAUAUGAGUGGUGCGAGGCAGAGAUGAAGAAGGCGUCCCAAGACCUCGGCUUUGGCGACAAGUGGCGCGACGCCCUCGAGCACGUCAAGAAUCUCUACGAGCCGCCCGCCUCGCAACCCACGUUCGUCAAGGCGCUCGUCCGCGAGGGCACAGACUACGUCAAAGCCCACGACCUCGUGACGGUGCCUCGCAUCGCCGAAGAAGCCAUCCACAUGAACCGAAUCCCGCCUUCGCAGCAGAAAGUGUCGCCCUUCUUCCUGGGCGGGCGGCAGCUCUGGGUCUCGUACCCGACGGCGGCCAUGGCGCACGGCGACAAGCUGAUGUCGCUGCGCGGCAACAACCGGCACUUCUGCAAGGCGACGGCCUUCCACGAGAUGAUCCCUGGCCACCACCUGCAGCUGUUCGUCGGCGAGCGCAGCCGGCGGGCGUACCGCGGCGCGCUGUUUGACACGCCCUUUUUUGUCGAGGGCUGGGCGCUGUACUGGGAGAUGGUGCUCUGGCGGCGCGGCGGCUUCUUCCGCGGCGCCGAGGACCGCGUCGGCACGCUGUUCUGGCGCAUGCACCGCUGCGCCCGCAUUAUUUUUUCAGUCAAGUUCCACCUGGGCCGCAUGACCGCGCAGGAGUGCGUAGACCUGCUCGUCGAUAUGGUGGGCCAUGAGCGGGCGACGGCCGAUGGCGAGGUCAGGCGCAGCUUCAAUGGGGACUAUAGCCCGCUAUACCAGGCGGGGUAUCUAUUGGGCGCAUUACAGAUGAUGAAACUGCGCGAGGAGGCUGUGGGCCAGGGAGGAGCCGGGAUGGGGGAGAAGGAGUUCCACGAUAGGAUCCUAAGGGCGAAUACCAUGCCCAUUGAGAUGCUAAGGGCGCUGCUUUUAGGUAAGGAGUUGGAAGAAGACUUCACGUCGGAGUGGAAGUUUUACGGGGACAAGAUCUAG